UCUGAAUUGUUGGAUAAUUACCUAUUUAUUGUUCCAAGAAACAUCUUCACAUAUAUCACAACCCAAAUUACUCAAUUCAUAUAACUAUUUGAUUAAUUAUAUCAUUUAUUAUGAUUAAUUAACAAACCCGUUUGAUAAUAAUCCUUUAAAAUCAUACCAUAAUGUCAAAUUUAAGUCCAAAUUACAACCCCAAAUCUUCUAAUGAUCAACUUCAUGUAGCUGUAUUUGCCUUCCCAUUUGCAACACAUGCUACACCACUUUUUAACAUAACCAAAAGAUUAGCCUCAUUUGCACCUACUAUAAUCUUCUCAUUUUUUAGUACUAAUGAGUCUAAUAACAAGACUUUUUUGGGGUGUAAAGAUGAAAUUUUGUUGCCUAACAUUAAGGCUUAUGAUGUUUGGGAUGGGAUGCCAAAAGGGUAUGUUUUCAAUGGUAACCCACAAGAACCAAUUGAGUUAUUCAUGGUUUCGGCCCCCGGGAGUUUAAGGAAGGCGGUGGCCGAGGCAGAGGAGGAGAAGGGGAGGAAGGUUAGUUGUAUGAUUGGGGAUUCUUUCUUGUGGUUUGUGGUGGAGAUGGCUGAAGAGAAAGGUGUGCCUUGGGUGCCUGUGUACAUGUCUGAAGAACAUUCACUUGCUGUUCAUUUUUACACUGAUCUUAUUAGGGAAAAGAUUGGCAUUCAAGGCAUUGCUGAACAAAGAAAAGAUGAGCUGUUAGAAUUUGUACCAGGAAUGUCAAAGUUUAGAGUAAGAGAUUUGCCUGAUGGUAUUGUCAUGGGAAAUUUCGGAUCCUUCUUCUCAAAGAUGCUUCACCAAAUGGCUCAAGUCUUACCGCGAGCAGCUGCAGUGUGUGUUAGUACAUGUGCAGAGCUCAACUCUGCUGUACUCGAUGAUUUGAAGUCGAAGCUGCCAAACUUGCUUUGCCUUGGACCUCUUAGUCUAAUGAUGCCACCACCGAAAACUCCUGAUACAAACAACUGCCUAGUUUGGCUUGAUAAACAGCAGGAGGGUCAUAAUAAGGCAGAGGUUGUGUAUGUUAGUUUUGGCUCUAUUGCAAGGCCUAGUCCAAGUGAGAUUGCAGCUUUAGCUCAAGGAUUGGAAGCAAGUGGAGUCAAGUUUAUAUGGUCUCUAAGGGACGAUUUAAAGGAGCAUCUACCCCAUGGAUUUCUAGAGAGCAGCAGGAAGAAUGGCAUGCUUGUGUCAUGGGCACCACAAACAGAUAUUUUGGCACAUGAUGCAGUAGGAGUGUUCAUAACCCAUUUCGGUCACAACUCCGUAAUGGAAAGCGUAGCCUCUGGAGUUCCACUCAUCGGAAGGCCAUUCCAUGGUGAACAGAUGUUGAAUGGACGAUUAGUAGAAGCUGUUUGGGAGAUAGGUUUGGAAGUUGAAGGCGGAGUUCUCACCAAGGAUGGAGUAGUCAAGAGCCUGGAGAAAAUUCUACAUGGUGAUGAAGGCAAAAAAAUGAGAGAAAAUGUCAGCGGUCUAAGAAGUCUUGUGGAAAAGGCCAUUAGCUCCAAGGGGAGCUGCAACGAAGAUUUCAAGAAGUUGUUAGAAGUAGUGAACAAGUCCUGCUAGUUAGCAGGAAUCAGAGACUAAUUGCAAGGUUCAGCAAAGAAAAUAACACCAAAAACUUGAUAAUUCCUGUUUUAUUUAGUGUUAUGUCUAUCUGUUAAGUCCUUUAUUAGUUGUUUCUGCUAUGCUGCAUAUUGAUAUAUUAGCAUAGGAUGAUUUCAUUAAUUUGUAAGUAAAUGAACCUACAAGUAAGAAAAGGUUUUACAAAUUAAUAUAACAUCACAUGUAGAACAUAUAAGGUGCUUUCUUAAUCAACUAUAAUGUAUAUCAUUAAUUAAUAAGCACCACCUGUCCACCCAUAAACCUUUGACUUGUACAAUUGUUAAGGAAUGAAAGAUGUAAAGAGAUUUGUAGAGGAA